AUGUUACUUGUCACUCUCUGGUCGAGCUUACUAACUUUGACAGCUCAGAGUGUCGCUCAAGAUUAUGGCACUUCACCCCCCGUGUAUCCCAGUCCCCCGAGCGCCGGCAUUGGCUGGGAAGCAGCUUUUGCCCAAGCCCAGGCAUUCGCGUCAAACCUGACACUUCAAGAGAAAGCUCAGCUGGUGACGGGGACUGAGGGUCCAUGUGUGGGCAACAUUGCAGGCAUCCCACGGGUCGGAUUCGAUGGGCUCUGUCUCCAAGACGGUCCUCUCGCCAUCAGACAAGCGACGUAUGCCUCUGUUUUCCCUGCAGGGCUGACGGCUGCAGCAUCUUGGGACAGAGGCCUCAUAUUCCUCCGAGGCUUGUUCUUGGGGGCAGAGUUCAAAGGCAAGGGAAGUCAUGUGGCGCUUGGUCCCGUUGUCGGUCCUCUCGGCCGGUCUGCGUUUGGUGGACGGGGUUGGGAGGGUUUCUCCCCAGAUCCAUAUUUGACGGGCGUAGCAGCAGAGGAGACCAUUAGGGGCAUGCAACAGAGUGGUGUCCAGGCCUGUCUCAAGCAUUACAUCGGCAACGAGCAGGAGACACACCGCAAUCCAGGGUUGUCGCCCUCCGGCACCAACAUCGAAGCCGUUUCCUCCAAUAUUGAUGAUCGGACCAUGCACGAGUUAUACCUGUGGCCAUUCGCGAAUGGCGUCCGCGCCGGCACGGCUUCUAUCAUGUGCUCAUACAAUCGACUCAAUGCCUCCUAUGGGUGUCAGAAUUCCAAAACAUUGAAUGGGUUGCUCAAGACAGAGCUGGGCUUUCAAGGCUAUGUCAUGUCGGAUUGGCAAGCAACGCAUGCCGGCGUCUCUGCCAUCAAGGCCGGCUUAGAUAUGGAUAUGCCUGGAUCCAUUGGUAGCUCACGAAACACCUCGUUCUUCGGUGGCAAUGUCACACGUGCUGUUCGAAACGGUACCCUCGACGAGGAUCGACUCGACGACAUGGUCAGGCGGAUCAUGACCCCUUACUUCUAUCUAAAUCAGAACGAAUACCCGCCGAUCGAUGGGCUGGAGCCAAUGCUGAACUCUGACUCUCCUCCCUAUCAACAUCCGUUCACGUUGGGCGCAUCGAACGUGGAUGUACGAAGCGGCCACGGUCAACUCAUCCGCGAUAUUGCUGCUGCCGGUACAGUGCUGUUGAAAAACACAAAUGGUGCCCUACCAAUAACAGCGCCCAAAACUCUGGGCGUAUUCGGCAACGACGCCGGCGACUUGGUCAAUGGACAAUAUUUCUUGACUUCGGCCUUCCAGACUCCAUUCGGCUACGAAUACGGUACCCUUCCUGUCGCCGGCGGCAGUGGGGCUGGUCGGCUCUCAUAUCUCGUCUCUCCCCUCGAAGCGCUCAAAGCACGCGCUGCCCUAGAUGGCACCCUUGUCCAGUAUAUCCUGAACAACGACUUGCUCACUCAACCUAGUGGCCUCAGUGCCAUCCUGCCAGUCCCGGAAGUCUGCUUGGUGUUUCUAAAGUCCUGGGCGGCCGAGGGAAGUGAUCGGCGUAGCCUCGAAGCAGACUGGGACAGCUCAGCUGUCGUCCGCUCCGUUGCUGCAUACUGCAACAACACGAUGGUCAUCACGCACUCCGCCGGAGUCAACGUGAUGCCUUGGGCAAACCACCCCAAUGUCACCGCCAUUCUUGCAGCACAUCUUCCUGGCCAGGAGUCUGGCAACUCCAUCGUUGACAUCCUCUAUGGGACAGUCAAUCCGAGCGGCCGACUCCCUUAUACCAUCGCCUUGAACGAGAGCGAUUACCGGUUUGGCGAGAUCACCAAUUCCACCAAGUUGCUGCAAACGGAGGAUCCCAACGCAUGGCAGUCCAACUUCACCGAGGGUCUCCUGAUCGACUACCGGCACUUCGAUUACUACAACCAGACAGUGUUAUACGAGUUCGGUUUCGGGCUGUCCUACACUACUUUUAACAUGUCUGAUCUGAGCGUGGACAUAAAAUAUGCAACGAUCAAUGCUCUACCGGACUCUCUGCCCAUCGCCCCAGGGGGGAACCCAUCACUGUGGCAGAUACUCUGCACGGUGAACGUAACGGUGACAAACACGGGUAACAUGUCGGGCGCGGCGGUGCCACAGGUGUACCUGACACUGCCACCCGUCCCCAGCUCCAUCCCCAGCCCAUCCAGCGUGCUCCGUGGCUUCGACAAGAUAUGGCUCGGGCCGGGCGAGUCGCAGACGACGAGCUUCCCGUUGACACGGCGGGACUUGAGCUACUGGGACGUCAAGCAACAGGAGUGGGUCAUCUCUCGUGGAAGCUUUGUCGUGAAUGUCGGAUUCAGUUCGAGAGACCUUCGGCUCAAGGACCAGUGGGUUGUUGGCACGGGAUGA